UCUCACUUGACCUCAUUUAUUGAGAGGUUGACCAUGGCUAUCACGAGGGACGAGAUCCUGAUCAACAGAAGCACGUGAAUGUGAGUAGGUGAGAGAGUCAGAGUGGGAGAGAGGACAAUGUGAACGAGUUGUUGGGGUUUGUGUGACUUGAUUUCAUUGAGAGAGUAGUUCGUUUUUGUAGGACACUUUUUUUUUUCCUAUAUGAGACAGGAAGUCUCAACUGUGCGGUGUUGGACUAUCUAAUUAACUGUUUUGGUUUCGGAUUGAUCUGAUGAUACACAUUGAUUCUAAAUUCUAAUGUACAUCCGUUUAGUUCAAUCAAUUGUUUAUCUGAUUGAAUUUGUGUCUUCUUGAUUGGUGUGCUUGUAAUCCAUUGAUAGAUAUUCCCGUGUUUCUGUCGUCUAAAGACUAACUCGGGCUUGGAAUCGUUUACCAGAGAUCCAACCCUAGACAACAACCUUCACAACCACCCAAGACAACCCUUAUAUAGAGUCAGUUUAUGACACAUACUAAGAUAAUGCUUAAGUCAAAUUUUGUUAUAAAGCAUGGAGGUCAAAAUUGAAAGGUCACAAACUGAAGCCAAAGUUUCUUCUUAAAUGUCGUGCUUUAACGGACACGCUAAUGUAGUGUAACUCUCACACAUUGCAUCAGACUGUUAGGUUUGGGGAAUAAGAGAGAGUUGUUUUACACUUAGCACUAUCAAGUUUUGGGUAGAGCACAUUAAAGUACAAUAUGAACCUGACUUCUGUAAAGAAAGCAUCGUAGUACCGGUUGAAUGUAAUGAUAGCCAGUUUGUCGGACUUCGACUCUGAUUAAUAUGUGUGAACUUUUUUAGCAGUGCCGCAUCAAAUUUCUAAGCGCGUCAGCUUGUAGCGCAAAGUAGUUUGUAUAUUGAAUUGACAACAGUGACCUUUCAAUGCGUCCUUGACAUUGUUUAUAUUGUCUAGUUAUUUCGAAGUCUCUCUCAAGUCUCUCGCACCACAUUUCUAUUUGUCGCUUUCUCUUCUUUCUCUCCCUUACUUGAUUUUAUUGCUUAAAGUAAAUGGGAUCUUAAAAAAUAAAAAUGUUACAAAGUGCAGAAAACUGUUGUUAUUAACUUUUAUCGCAACAAUCCAUAAUUGGAUAAAAAAAUGUAUUUGCUUAGAGUCAAAGUAGGAGAACUAUGUGUAUAUCAUAGAGAAUAUCCCCAAUGGUUCAACACACGGUGAAAAAAGGAACUUCUCACAUGAUUUAAUAGUCACAGUCAGAAGUAUCGUAAGGCAUACAAUUAUGAUGCCGUUUAUUUGACGUUUCGACUCAGUUACAUUCUUUGUAUAUUUAUAGUGAAAGACUGUUUCACAUCCUACUUACGUGGCAAUGCUAAUCAGUCAAGCUACAAGGAUGACACUCGCUCACUGACUGUCAGACCGCUGCUCACUCAUGAUAACGGAACCAUGCAAUCAAAAGUGAAUAGCCAAGAGCUUUAGUUUUCUGUCAACAAACGUAACCCUACAGCAGCGAAACAUUGGCUAGUGUUGUCUCUGUCUUGACACAAAACACUCUGACAGGCGUUUACCUAACAGUGACAUUAAAUGAAUUGUUAAUAAAAGAGAGGUUAGUAUUGUUGUUUAAAAAGAGACAAGGUUCACUUUUAAAGGAAAUGUAUUCUUCUUUAAGGUCUUGAUAAGCAAAGCUAUAACAAGAGCCUAUCUACUUCCUAGCUCUACUUUACAAAGACCCUUACUUUGUACACAAGAGCAAAAGGUUUGGUGUCUAUGUAUUACUUCAGUCCUAACUCCUGUUGACAAAUGAAGGCCAAUAGACUACAUUUAAUACAUAAGAGGAUGAUUGAUGCCAUGUUUAGGAACUUCCUGAAGACUUACCUGGUGCUGACGUACUUGGCACUGGUCACUAUAAAUAUCUCAUCAAGCUCGAGGACAAUGUCCGGCAAUGAAGAUUUAGUUAUAAGCUGUUGUAAAGAGGUCAAGGAUGACGAUUUCAAUUGUUCCAGUUUAAACUGGACAUUUGUGGACCUUCGUUUCUUGCCAGCGUCUACAAAAACACUAAUACUUGACAAUAAUAAUCUAACUAGACUGACCAAUGGUUCAUUUCAUACGUUGACUUCACUCCAGCAGCUCAGUAUCAAGUCAUCAAAUGUUAAACAUAUUGAGCUUGAUGCCUUUCUUGGUCUCAGCAAUCUACAAAGUUUGAACAUAGAAAAUAAUCUACUCUCCGACAUCUCUGUGUCCUUUGACGCUCAGGCCUUUAGACAUCUUACAAAUCUGAAACAACUUCUCACUGGUCAUAAUCUGAACAUCUCUCGACACUUAAAAGACACUUUCCACUUGUUGCCGAAUGUUACUUCCCUCUCGAUGGAUGGGGAUAACACUUUAAAUGUAUCCCAUGAAUUUUCCUCGUUGACCAAGAUGAAAAACUUGACUUUGUAUUGCUCGAAUGUAACAAAAGUGACUAGCCAGAGUUUCUCAGGAUUGUGGCGUUCCGAUCUGAAGAUAUUAAAUCUAAUUGGUUUUGAUCGUUUAACUUUUGACCCAGUUGACAUAAAUCCAGAUUUUUCUGAGAGUCAGUUUCACGAUGAUGCUUUUCAGAAUUUAAAGUCGCUGGAAGUCCUGAAAAUUGUGAAUUGUAGAAUCGGAAAUACAAACAUGGCCAGAAAGUUGAAACACUUUGUCAACUCGUCGUUGCAUACACUGUACCUUGAGACAACGCAUUACAGAGGAGAUUUCUAUUCUCCAAACUCGACGUAUGCGGACGGCGUCAUACUAACUAGUACAGCCAAAUAUUUAAGUCAGCUGACACUUUCGCAGUUCUCGUGGGUUGACAGCGAUAUUUUCGCCAUAGCACCGGGAGUUAUAUCCAGUCCACAGUGGAGGUACAAUCUCAAGUUGGCAGAUUUCUCAAACAACAUGAUGGGCUGGCUGGGAUGGAGGUUUCCGCUGCUGGAAGCGGCGCGGCUGGAAAAAUUAGAGGAGGUGAUUAUUACUUCCCCUAGUUCUGAUAGCGAAGUGUCUUCUCCCAGUUCUUAUUUGCAACAAUAUCUGACUUACAACAUACAAGGUUUGGCUAGAACGAAUCCAAUUCAAAAUGUUAAGUUAUUAAAGAAUAGGUCAAAUAAAAUGUAUUCAUCAUUCUCAGCUAAGGCAAUGUCUGAUGUUUCAAUGAAAGAAAUGAAUCCAAUCCAAACAACUGAACAUUCAAAAGAAAUAAAGCUAAUCAAUUUAUCUUUGCAAGCUCCUCGGGGUAUCCAUGGCUUCGAUAGAAAUAUGGCAUUUCGGGGAAAAGACCCUUUCAAAGAAGUAGAAAAAGAACUAAAUCUUGCACUUCAACGUGAACCAAUCACUACUCAAUCAUCUUCUCAAUCAUCUCUUCAAUCAUCUUCUCAAUCAUCUCAAUCAUCUCGUCAAUCAUCUCCUCAAUCAUCUCGUCAAUUAUCAUUUUCAACUGAGAAUUCAAUAAGCGAAAGAGAACUCCUAAGAUUUUCGGACAAUCCUCCAUACCCUACAAACUCUGGCACUUGGACUAUUCGAAUGCCUCUCUCACUGCGGGUAUGUCAAAUCAUGUAUACUUUCCACGGCGAUAACAACUACGGGAACCAAAGCUUCCGAUUCAUUCAGACCAGCACAGAGGCUGCCAACCUUUCCCAUUUCUACUUUGUUGGCAAUAGCCGACAUCGAGGCAUUGGCCGAUUCUUAGGUCUGACCAACCUUCAGCUAUUCGACUUAUCUGAAAACGCUUUUUACAUUGCUCAGUAUUUUUUCGACGAUUUUCCCACUCUGAAAUACUUGAUUUUAAAAUCUAUAAAAAAUGAAGACUUUUUUCAGCGGCUGCCUAUCGACAGGAUCGUUCACAAUCUACCAAACCUGACCUAUUUAGACCUCUCGGACAAUAAAUUAUAUUAUCUUCCACCCAAUUUAUUUCACAGAAAUCCAAAUAUGAGUCACGUAAUCUUGUCUAAAAAUAGAUUCUCGUGUUUACCCAUCCGAAUGACAUUAGUUCCAAAUUUAAAACUCCUUGAUCUGACUGGAAAUGCCAUAAUUUAUCUAACAGAAGAGGAGACAUCAUCUCUGACAAAACACAAGGAAAAUGUGCCAGACUUUUCCUUGGGAUUGGCUGAAAAUAAUAUUGCCUGUGUGUGUUCCCAGCUUCAAUUCCUUUUUUGGCUUAAUACAAGCGACUUUCUAGACGACACUGAAAGCUACUUCUGCACAUCCCAGGAAGGUCAACUGAUUGCUGUUGGUGUUGUGUCUCAUGACUUAUUCGGCUUCUACAGACAGUGUAAUGGCUACGAAUUUCUCAUGAUCUCCAUCGUUUUACUGCUCGUGAUGUCCUUCACCUUCCUGAUGGCCUACCUCGUGCACAGAUUUAGAACCGCCAUAGAAGCUUACUUGGUACGGAUCUUUAUCAAGGCUUUUCGACCAAUGAAAUCAAGCGACUAUAAGACACACGUUUUCAUUGGAUACGCUGAAGACGAUGUCGGAUUUGUCAGACAUAUUUUAUUGAGGUAUUUGGAAGAAGAUCUCAAAGUCUCGACAUUCGUCCAUCAUCGUGACCUGGGUCCAGGCUACAAUGACCAACAGAUGUUUGAGGCCAUGAGAGACAGUUGGAGGAAUUUGUUAGUAAUUUCAGAAAGUUUCUUGAAUAACUACGACCUCUCGGACAUUGUUAUGAAGUACGCCAGUCAUUCAGUGACUUCAGCCAAUCAAGGGCGUGUAGUGGCACUGGUCCAGCAAACUCAGCUACAUAACAUACCUGGCCACCUGUAUGAUGUCCUCGAAGACUCACGAAUUAUUGUCCUGUCUGAUUUGAUCUCUGACUUGGAUUACGAAAAUAGACAAUCUAUUAGAGAGUGCCUUCGCGAUGUCCAGUGAUGUGACAGUAAAUGAUGUCCAGUGAUGUGACUAUAAAUGGUGUACAGUGGUGUGACUAUAAAUGUAUUCCGUGAUUUGUACACUGAUGUGACUAUAAAUGAUUUACAGUAAUGUGACUAUAAAUGAUUUACAGUGAUGUGACUAUAAAUGAUUUACAGUGAUGUGACUAUAAAUGAUUUACAGUGAUGUGACUAUAAAUGAUUUACAGUGAUGUUACUAUAAAUGAUAUACAGUGAUGUAACUAUAAAUGAUGUCCAGUGAUGUGACUAUAAAUGAUUUACAGUGAUGUGACUAUAAAUUAUGUCCAGUGAUGUGACUAUAAAUGAUGUCCAGUGAUGUGACUAUAAAUGAUGUCCAUUGAUGUGACUAUAAAUGAUAUCCAGUGAUGUGACAAUAAAUGUUGUUCAGUGAUGUGACUAUAAUUGUUGUUCAGUGAUGUGACUAUAAAUGAUGUCCAGUGAUGUGACUAUAAAUGAUGUCCAGUGAUGUGACUAUAAAUGAUAUCCAGUGAUGUGACAAUAAAUGUUGUUCAGUGAUGUGACUAUAAAUGUAUUCCGUGAUUUGUACACUGAUGUGACUAUAAAUGAUGUCCAGUGAUGUGACUAUAAAUGAUUUACAGUGAUCUGACUGUAAAUGAUGUCCAAUGACGUGACUGUAAAUACACAAAGACAAAACAUCCAUGAAAUAUUUUAAAAAUUUACCGAUCAUGAGGUUUGAGAUAAAAGGGUAUUUUUAUAUAGAACACAAACACACUACCUCAUUAGUUAUGCUUAUUGUUAUGAUAUGAAUUGAUCCGGUUUCUAUUUGUUUUACAAACUCACAUUAUAUAUGAUCAUAGUGAAGUCAGAAAUUUAAUGAUGCACUAUCUCGCCAUGACCACUCUGACUCUCAAAUAACGUAAUAGCUUAGUCAUUUCUUUUGUUAUACUACCAUUUGAUUGACAGUGCGAAAUAACUACGAUUUCUAAUUAGUUAUUUAAAUUAUCAUCUUAUUUAUUUAUCUAUCUACGUAUAUAUGUAUAUAUCGAUAUUUCAAACUUUCUGUAAGUGUGUGUGUUCAGUAAAUAUAAAUAAAACGUGCUUUCACUUAUUUAUAGCCUUUUUUUGUGAUGCAUUAAUUAUAUCCUUUAUAUAGCGCUACUUUAAUGCUUAUAGCAUGCUUAGAGCGCUUUUGGUCCAAUCUCAUUUGUGGACCAGUGGGGGGGAGGGGUAUUUAGGAAAUGGUUUUCCGCGCUGCCUUUAGGCGCUCAGUACACACAACUCUGCCCGAGUCGGAUGUCGAACCUCGAGCCCCCUUCUAGGUAGCCAAGCCAAGCCAAGUUCAAGCGCACUUGGCCUCUCGACCAAAAAAAAUGUUUCAAAAUAUAAUUUACUAUUGUCUCCCACGCCUUAAAAUGUAUUGUUUCAACAUCUUUUAGUUUUAGACUGGGCAAACGGGCAAAUGCUCGGUGGGCCGGCACCAAAUGGGCCGAUCUCCAAGGAAUUUUUUUUCAAUGCAAACAACUUUUUUUUAAAAAGUGACAUCAACGCAAAACAUGUUUUAUUUUUAUUUAUUUUUUUUACAAUUAAUUUUGAAAUUCAACAAGAAUAUAAAACAAAUGUAUUAUACUCUACGUAUUAUCAUUCGCAAAACGUAAGACCGUAUAUUUUGCUGUGUACGAGUGGCAUUGGCUUUAAAACUGCUUUGACGUCUUCGAAGUUGUGUUUGGCCUCCCAUUUGUUUGAAAACCUCACAACUUAUUCACAGCUCAAUAUGAAUAUAGAGUUCUACGUUCUGCGAUUUGUAAAGAACAAAGCAAGCUUUCUUUUCGUUUAUUUGUAAUAACAUACAUCUCAAAGUAGGCUAUUAAUGUAUGUUCAAAAAAACAAAACAAAUCCAAAUGUAAUCUAACAUAUUGUUAUUUUUCCUAUUUUAAUGGAAGGCAACCUUAUGCUUAUUAUGAAACCAUUAAUGAUAGAAAUUCUUAUAAUAAUUAUCUGGUUUUAUAUAGCGAUGUCACAUCUGAUAUUUUAUGAUAGGUUUCUUAUAGUUAUAAUGUUUUUUUUUGUUUGGUGUAAUGCACAAAUUGUAAGACAAAUUUCCAUAUUGACAAUAAAGAUUAUUAUUAUUAUUAUUAUUAUUAAUAUUUUAAAUAAUUGGUCAUGGCAUAUUCUUAUACAAUUCGCGUUUUUUUAAGAAUGUACUAAGACGAAGCAAGAGCUUUUCACAUUAAGUAAGUGCCUCUCUCUGCAUUCUCUAAUCUUUUAAUUGAUGGGCAUAGUCA